GUUGGACUGCAUAGUGAGGACCGAAGCAAAUUAAUUUAAUGUUAGGAAGCAGUUGUUUUGUUCUACUUGGCGCCCGCCGGCACGCGAUCUCUUCAUAGCCUUGACAAGCUCGCCAUCUCCUUCUCUCGAAAUUUCUAUCUACAAGUGGAGAAGGUGAAGAACAUAAUCAAGAGACAAACAAGGUGAGAAAGACAUGGCUGCAGGCAGCAGGUUCGAGGCCAAUCCUUUUACCGACGACGACAUUAAUCCCUUCUCACAACCUGCAGGAAGAGUAUACAAUGAUGGUGGCGCAACUAUUAAUAUUCCUCUCCAUACAGAAAAGGAGAUAAAGAGGAAGGAGAUAGAGUUGCAAACCAGAGAAACAGAACUAAACAGAAGGGAAGAGACAUUAAAACGAAGAGAAGAAGCCAUAGCAAGGGAAGUUUUCAUAGAAGAUAAAAAUUGGCCCCCAUUCUUCCCCAUCAUUCACCAUGACAUUGCAAAUGAAAUCCCCAUUCAUUCGCAAAGGCUGCUAUAUGUUGCUUUCGCAUCACUUUUGGGAUUGACUUUAUGCCUUACUUGGAAUGUGAUAUCCACACUUACAGCUUGGCUCAAGGGUGAAGGUAUUAAGAUCUGGUUCCUUGCAAUUAUAUACUUGGUUUCUGGUGUCCCAGGAGCAUAUUGGCUAUGGUAUCGUCCCCUGUAUCGCGCGAUGAGGAUUGACAGUGCUCUGAGCUUUGGAUGGUUCUUCAUUUUCUAUCUGAUUCAUCUAGCCUUUUGCAUCUACUCCGCUGUUGCUCCUCCUUUUCCUUUCAAAGGAAAAUCUUUGACUGGUUUUCUUCCAGCCAUGGAUGUUAUUGGAGACAAUGCCAUAGUUGGGAUAUUCUAUUUUAUUGGGUUUGGUUUCUUCUGCCUCGAGUCACUUAUCAGCCUUUGGGUCAUUCAGGUAAUGUGUCUUUCUUAGAUCUGCAUCAUCUAAUGCUAGAAAUCACUGGAU